AUGAGUAAACCACAAGAGCCAGUUGAUAACGGAACAAAUCGAUUCGAAACGAGUGCAACUACAUCAGCAAAGGUGCCAUCAAGUCGUGGUGUUAGUUUUUCUCCUGACCCAAUAUUACAUAGGAAUUAUGGAUCAUUAGUCAAUCAUCCUCAAUCUUUCGGAAGAGAAUAUCCACAUAGUGAAAUUGAAUUAGGUCAAAGUCAUAGCAAUAAUAGAAAUACUGAACCAGUUUUGGAUUCUAAACCAUCUAAUGAUGAUUCUUUAUAUUCACGGAGAGGCACAAAUAUACCUUUAAAAUUACCACUAAAUUCAAAUACUCAUCCAAAUAAUCGUAAAUUUUCGCGUAGCCGCGGUACUUAUCCGACCACUCCGGGUUCUUAUGCGGCUUCCUUUUCUAGUCAGAAAGCUCCCUGGAAUGCUUUAAGACAUUAUUAUGAUGGUUCUUCUUAUGAUGAACGAUAUGUUUUGUACGAAGAUAUUGUAGCAUCUCCAAAUUAUGACGACGGUGGAAGCAUAUCUUGUGUUAUCAUGGAUGAUGGUUCAAUACAAAAGAGGAGAGUUUCUUUAACCUCUGUGUAUUCAAAACAAAAUACUUUAGUUGAUGAGAAUACACCAUUGCUUGAUCUAUACGAUACGGACUCUGAUUCAGAUUGUGCUAAUAAAGUUAAAAAAGAAAAUGGUUAUGCAAAUUGUUUCUCGUCGUACUAUCAUUCUGCCAAAUCUUGGUUACAAACGAACGUAUUUACUCAAAAUAAUAAAAACAUUAUCAAAUGUGCAUUGGCCUAUUUUAUUGCUUCAUUAUUCACUUAUAUUCCGUUUUUAAACGAAUAUUGCGGUUUCGAUAAAUCUUAUAAUUCUCAUCUUGUGGCAACUGUCUCAGUAUUUUUUGAUCCAGCAAAAUCUUUUGGUGGAAUUUAUGAAGCUGUUUUCUUUGCAAUUAUAGGUGGUAUAUAUGGUAUGACUGUUAGUAUUAGUAGUAUGUUAUGUACGGUAUGGUUCAACGAUCAUGGUUUGAAUUUUUGGGGGCAUAUCCUCUCGGUCGUAUUUUGGUGUGGAGGAAGUAUGUUCUUUGUUGCUUUCAGUAAAGCAAAACUUAAUAAACCAACCUUCAGUAGUGCUUGUUCUUUAGCAAAUAUAAUCAUUUUUAUCUCUAUAACCAGAGAAGGUGGCCCGUAUAUAGAAACAAUCGAACUGAAUAUGGUUUUACAAAUCACAAAAAUAAUCCUUAUUGCUGUAUUAAUAAGUUUUCUUGUCUCUGUGUUAAUUUGGCCUAUGAGUGCGAGUAACAAAUUAGGAAAUGAUAUUGGUAAAACUCUUUGUUCAUUUCGUCUUUUGUUAAAACUCCUUACCAAAACUUUCUUGGUUGAUGAUAUAAAUUACACCGAUAAAUCUGUACAAUCCGCGAUCGAAUCAUAUCGUGCAACUUUUACAUCUCUUCGUGAAUCAUUAAGACAAGCGGCACUCGAAAUACAUAAUUGCAAUAUGCAAAAAAAACUUCAUUUAUAUAAAGAAGUUGUUGAAAGUUUAACUCGAUUAGCACAACAUUUAGGUGGUUUAAGAAGUUGUUGUGGACUUCAAUGGGAGAUCUUGAAAGAUUCUAAAGAUAAAGAAAAAUUUUCGAAUCAUAAACCAAGUGAAAAUGAAAAUGAAGACGCUUAUGAUUUAAAGGUUUUAUUAGAACUUAUUCAUUAUGUUGGUCCACAUAUGAAAUCUCUUGCAUUCACUUGUAAACAAUCACUUUAUCAUCUUCAAGAACAAUUUGUUGAAAGUGAUAAAGUACAUUCAAAGAUUGCGCCAUCAUUUAGAUUACUUAAACAAAAUCUUCAAUCUGCUUUAGAAUUAUUUGAAAAAUCGCAAUCACGUGCUCUCGCUAAACUUUAUAGGCAAAAGUCAACAAAAAGUUAUUUUGAUGAAAGACCUAAUGAAGAAGUAUUCCUUAUAUAUUUCUUUGUAUUCAAUUUACAAGAAUUCACUAGAGAAUUAUGUUGUUUGGUUGAUUUAACAUAUGAUAUUUCAAGAAUUGAUGCAAAUGAUCAAAAAAGACGAGAAGGAAGGAAAUGGUGGCAAUUUUGGAGAUAUUCUAUUUGGGCUUCUCGUAAUACAGGAGAAGCAAAAGCAAAAGAUAAAUUUCCUGAAAAUACAAACAAUCUUUUUGAUACAAUUCAAACUCCAAAACCUAAAACUUUUUCACAAAAAAUUGCAAUUAAACUUUGGAAAUCUUUCUCUUGGUUUCGACAAUUUGAAGUUAAAUAUGCUGUCAAAGCAGCAGUUAGUGCUGCUAUUUUGGCAAGUCCUGCAUUUAUUGAAAGUACACGAGAUAUUUACACUCAUUAUCGAGGUGAAUGGGUUUUGAUUACGAUGAUGGUAGUCAUGGUUCCAACGGUGGGUGGCACAAACCUUAUGGGAGUAUAUCGUCUUUUAGUUUGUUUUCACUUAAUGUUAUACACAAAAUACAAUCGUAUUGGUCGAUUUGGUUUAUUAACAUAUAACUUGGUAGCAUUAUAUAAAUAUAAUUUACGUAAUUCUAAUGAUAAUAUGGGAAUUUUUGAUAUAGCUUUUUAUAGACUUAUAGCAGUAGGUGCUGGUAUAAUUUGGGGUGUGGUAGUAACAAGUUAUUGGUGGCCAUACGAAGCUCGUGCAGAACUUAGAAAAGGUCUAAGUCAAUUAUUUGUUAACAUGGGAUGGUUAUAUAAAAAAUUAGUGGCCAUUUAUUCAGUAGAAUCAGAAAUUCAAGAAACAUCAAAUUCAAGUAGUUCUAAUCAUACAUCCGUUAUGAUUAAAAAUCGUUUAUCAAUUUCUACAAAAGAAUUUAUGGAUAUGGAAUUACUCCUUCAAAUUUCAUUAUUAAAAUUACGUGGUUUAUUAGAGCAAACACCGAAUGAACCACGUUUGAAAGGUCCAUUUCCUGUUAGUACAUAUCGUCAAAUAUUAAUAGGAUGUCAAAAUAUUUUAGAUAAAUUAUUAUCAAUGAGAAUAGCUGUGACAAAAGAAGAAUGGUAUUCUGUUACUAGAAAGGAUUUUAUUACUCCUAUUGCAGAGGAAAGAAGAGAAUUGGUGGGGAAUGUAUUAUUAUAUUUUUAUGUUCUUGCUGCUGCUUUACGACUGAAAACACCUUUACCAGCAUAUUUACCACCAGCCGAAAGAGCUCGUAGACAAUUAUUAAAAAAGAUUCGUGAUUUACCUAUGGUUAGGCAACGAGUUAUUGAUGGUAAUGAUGAACAUUAUAUUGUUUAUUAUGCUUAUGUCUUGGUUAUGGAAGAUGUUAUUAGGGAAUUGGAGAAUUUAGGUUCUAUUAUGCAAGAAUUAUAUGGUUGUAUGGGUGGUGAUGAAUUUAACACCUAUUUCUUUGAUGAAAGUGAAGGAACAAGUGGUGAGCAUAACGGUAAUGGGGCUGGCGUUGGAAAUGUUAUUGAGAAUUCUACUUCACCUAAUGAACAAGUAAAUUCAAGUGUUGCUGAUGAUAGCAAUAGAUCGAAGACUUUGGGAUAA